CUUUAUUGAACGCACAGUGUUGCUGACGUCAUCAGAGCGCGGCCUGGCGUCACGCUGCGCGGACAUGUCGGUGUUUCACGAUGAAGUUGAGAUCGAAGAUUUUGAAUUUGACGCAGAAACGCAGAUGUUUUAUUUUCCGUGUCCGUGCGGAGACAGAUUCUGCAUCACUAAGGAAGACCUGGAGAACGGAGAGGAAGAGGCAACGUGUCCGAGCUGCUCGCUCAUCGUUAAAGUCAUCUACGAUAAGGAUUUGUUCAUGUCGGGAGAAAUAAUCGAAGCUCCGUCGUCGUCAGAGAUGAAACUGGAGCUGGCUCAGUCCUGACCCCCCCCCAAUUACCCAUCAGUCACUGCUCCUCGCUGGAGCACUUAGAAGAAACUGAAGAAAGUGCGACUGGAACAGACGAUCAGAGCUCACGUUGUUAUGAUCAGAGGAUUUUAAAUAUGUUUGUAACUAACAUGAUCAUUAUUUUAGUGGUUAAAACAGAAAAAAUGCUCUUAGCAAGUUUUUUAUUUAACUUUGACAUUAGCUGUUAACGUGGUUCAAGUGUAGCGUCAUAUUUCCACAGCAGCAGGAUGUGUUUACGUUACCAGGGUAACACGCGUAGGAAGUGAUGUCAUGAAAGCAGCAUCCUCACUUCCUGUGUAAACAUCAUCAGCAACAUUUCUCCAUCGUGGGACAAAAAGAUGUUUUUAUUCUAACAUCUUCGACCAUCGAGAGCGGAGCAGCUGCAUCACGGAUGUUUCCAUCACUGCUGCCAGACACGAUUUAUAACCAGCAUGCAUUGCGUUCAGUCAGCGCCGCAUCAAGUCGAACGCACCUAUUAUCUGGUUCUUCCUGUUGAUGCUGGUUCCCAUGGUUACAUACAUAUAUAUAUAAACACACAUAUUGUUACAUUGUUGGGGGUUCAGACUGAUGUGGGGGGGCCUUUGUCAUUAUUAAAUAGUUUUUUUUGACACAUGUAAACCGUAACCCCAUUAAUGACGUCACACAGCCAGGUGUACCACUGAUGAUGUCAGCUGUG